AUGGUACACAAGAGCACCCUGUCAACACGGGCUGACGCCCAAUGUCAGGCAUAUUCUAACGCCGUCUGGGACGUCCUCGGGGAUCUAUGGCAUCCACAAGAGAACCCUAGUGGAUUCAUCAACCUCGGCGUGGCGGAAAACACUCUGAUGCACCGUGAACUACAAGAUUUCGUCCGAAACAGCGCAAAUAUAUCCCCGCAUGCAUUUACCUACGGCGACGGGAGUUUCGGCAGCAAGAGGUUGAGGAAUGCCGUUGCGAGCUUUCUGAACAAGCGUCUAUACCCAGUGGUUCCCCUUGAGGCUGAUCAUAUCAUGGUGACGAAUGGAGUAUCGCACGCGAUCGAGCACUGUUCGUGGGCGUUUUGUGAUAAGGGUGACGGCAUCCUUCUCGGGCGACCCUAUUACAAGUCGUUUAUUCCCGACAUUUCUCUUCGCCCCGAGGUCGAGGUUGUCACGGUGGAAUUUGGUGACUCUAAUCCGCUCAGUCUGGACGGUGUCAGCAACUAUGAAGCGGCGAUCUUGAGCGCCAAAGAUCGCGGUGUCAUCGUGCGAGGACUGAUCCUAUGUAAUCCGCAUAAUCCCCUAGGACGUUGCUAUCCCGCAGUGACAAUCAAGGAGUUGAUGAAGUUAUGCCAACGGUAUCGAAUUCAUUUCAUCAGCGAUGAGAUAUACGCUUUCUCGACCUGGGAAAACAAGGAGGAGAGGGUUGGUCCUUCCCUCCCUGCGCCUUUCGUCUCGGCCCUGUCAAUUCCAACUGAUGGGAUAAUUGACCCGGAGCUCGUUCAUGUCUUAUGGGGAAUGAGCAAGGAUUUCGGUGCCAAUGGCCUUCGAAUUGGGUAUAUUAUUUCUCAACACAAUCGAAAUCUCCACAACGCGCUGCAAUCUGUUGCUCUCUAUUCUUAUGCGUCCUCGAUUUCUGACCAUAUUGCUGCCUCAAUCCUGGAGGACGAGCAAUGGGUCAGUACGUAUAUGGAAAAAAAUCAGGAACGAUUGUCAGAAUCUUUCAGCUUCGCUGUGCGCCUUUUGCGAAAGGAGGGAAUUGAUUAUGCCACGGGGCCUUAUGCAGCAUUCUUCCUUUGGGUCGACUUGGGCAAGGCGUACGGCGAAAGUCACCCUGAGAAUCCAAAUCCCAUGGACUUAAACACGAUUAUCAGCAGAAGAUUAAUGGAGGAAAAGGUUUUCAUUGCAAAUGGAAUGAUCUUUGGGUCUGAGAAAGGGGGCCUAUUCAGGAUUGUGUUCUCGCAUCCUGCUGGGUAUAUUGAGGAGGGGCUCAACAGGAUGGUGAAAGCGAUAAAUGAAUAG